AUGGCAGAAACAAAGGCCAACCUCCAGGCGAACUGGAUCUGGGUCCCCGGGUGGAUUGAUUCGGGCGACACAGCGGGGAAGAUCGUCCGCUUCAACCGCUCCGUCAAUCUUGCCUCGCGACCGACUCGUUCGCUUUUACACUUCUCUGCUGACACACGGUACAAACUCUAUGUCAAUGGGAAACACGUCGCUGUAGGGCCCAGCAGGAGCAGUCCGCUGAUAUGGUAUUACGACACGCUGGAUAUCGCGCCUUACCUGCAAGAGGGACAGAAUGAGAUUGAGUUCGUCGUCGUUCGCUAUUUCGCGGCUUCGCGAAGCGCGAUGCCGUUUGAGAGAACUGCUCUGCCGGGUUUGACGGUCGUGGGGCAGAUCGAGAUCGGUGAUGAGAUCGUCGAUCUUAGCUCGAAGGAUGGCUGGACUGCCUAUGUUAACGAGAGUAUUCGAUUUCCGAUGGGGUUGGCUGAUGAUGUGUUUCUCCAUAUCAGCGAGCGCGUUACCCCGACCGAGCCCGCGACCGCGAUGAAACCGGUCGCGUACAAUAUGCGGACACUCAAUGGUGAUAUUCCGCCGUGGAACCUGCAUCCGCGGGUCAUACCGAUGCCCGAGUCUACUCCGAUCGUGGUGAAUACAAUCAGAGCAUGCGAGAGCAGCGCUGGUGCGAGCGAUUGGGCGGCAUUUUUGGGUGGGGAGAGCUCUCUAGUACUUCCAGGUAACUCGACACACAAGGUCGAUGUACAAGCCGAUGUUCACUCGACUGCUUUCCUCCGAUGGGCUUUCAAGGCUGCUAGUGGACUUUCUCAGCUGAAGCUCAAGGUGACAUACUCCGAGGGCUAUGAGCUUGAGCCUCGCUCGUACCCAUUCUUCAGAUCCAAAGCCGACCGGCUCGAUGCGAGCGUCGGCCAUAUCAUCGGUCCGUACGACGAGGCGACGCUGGAUAUUCCCGAUACAGAGAGCGUGGUAUACGAACCAUUCUGGUUUCGAACGUUCCAUCUUCUGCGACUGGAGAUCACUAUAGGACCUGGGCCGAUUGAACUAAUGUCCUUUGACGCGACUCAAGUCAACUAUCCCAUGGCCAUCAAGGCCAGCUGGAAUCAGCCUGGAGAUGCACACAGCAAUCAAAUGUGGGACGUCUCGAUCCGAACUAUGCGUAACUGCAUGUUCGACGGGUAUUCUGACUGUCCAUUUUACGAGCAACUUCAAUACUCUGGAGACAGCAGGUCUGUCGGACUCUUCCACUACCUCCUCUCAGGCGACGAUCGCCUGAUGCGACAAGCCAUAACGAACUUUGCCGCUUCGGUGACUCCACUGGGUCUAACGCAGUCUCGAUUCCCUUCGCACGUCCCGCAAGUCAUCGCCGGUUUCUCGCUAUACUGGAUUCUGCAGGUCUGUGAUCACCAUUUAUACUUUAACGACACAAAGUAUGCACGAGGCUUUAUCCCUCGCAUCGACGGCGUCCUCGACUUCUUCGAUGCACAUAUAGAUGAAUUGGGGCUCGUCAGUGGAAUGCCAGAGAUUGUAUGGCAGUACGUCGACUGGGUGACAACUUGGGGAGCGACAGACGACCACCCAGAUAAGGGUGUACCGACUUCCGGUCGCAAGUCCAACAGACAUACAUACUUCAGCUUGCUUUAUGGGUAUGUGUUGCAAAAGAGCGCUCGUCUAGUGCGGCAACUCGGUCGGCCAGGACACGCGACCGAGUACGAAGACCGCUCUGCGUCUGUGCUGCAAGCCGUUCGAACUCACUGCUGGGACGGACAGUUCUUCACAGAUUCCACGGCUGAUAUUGCUGAUGAACACGCCUAUUCGCAGCAUUGUCAGGUAUUUGCUGUUCUCGCUGGAGUUUUGGAUACUACAGAGAGUGCGCGCAUCUUGGCCACUUCACUCACAGACCCCGAAUUCUCGAAAUGCUCGUAUGUGAUGCGUUUCUAUGCGUUCAGAGCACUUUCAUCGGUUGGUAAUGGGGUUUAUGAAUAUUUUUGGGAGCGCAUGUGGGCCCCUUGGCGUGGAAUGCUGGCGAAUAAUCUGUCGACUUGGGAAGAGGACGAUGUCAGACAGCGCUCAGAUUGUCAUGCUUGGGGGAGUGUGCCGGUUUAUGAGUACUGUGCUGAGGUUGCUGGUCUUCAACCCUUGGAACCUGGCUGGUCCAAGGUCUUGUUCAAGCCCCGGUUGAGUCUGGCUGAGACUUUGGAGGUGAGUGUGGCUUUGGGAAGUGAUAAUGUUGCUUCGGUGUCAUGGAAGCCAGAUCAGGCGGGCCGAAAACUGGUUGAGCUUAGGCUUCAAAAGUCUGUUGAGUUACUUGUGCAGUAUCCAAAUGAGGACGGUCUGAAAAGCCCUGGGGUGGUGGAUCUCGUCGAGUUCUCUGUGGUGGAAUGA